UAUUCGUAUUAGUUCACCUAAACGUCGAAAAGCAUUAUUUAUGUCACUUAUCUUCAUGCCAAUUGAAAAUUAGAAAUUCGAUGACACUAAUAAUUUCAUAAUGAUAUUCAUCAUAUAUAUUCUCUUUUCUGUUUAUACUGUGAAAUAUAGUUGUUUAACCAAACAUAAAUAUUUGUUUUGCCAAAAGGUUCUUGCAAAAUGUGAUUGCUACAACAUUCCACUUGCUGAUAAUCACUAGAUUACCUGUUUGACGAUACACACUUUCUGGUGGAAGGAAGCGUGUUAUUAUUUUAACUUUCUAACAAAUGUAAUUGCAGGAUAUGGAUGGUGACAUCAACCACACCCCUCCUCAACACAACCCCACCAAGAAGAGAAAGAGGAAGACUGCAGAUGGUAGCCGGGUGCGAAGAAGGCUCAAUGUCGACCAGGUUCCAGUGGAGGCUGACAGCACAGAUGACCUGGAAGCUGCAUCGACAACAUGCAUCAAUGACCUGGAAGCUGCACCGACAACAAACACAAGCUCAUCAUCCUGUCCACCAAAAGGCCCAUCAGCACACCAUAAGGCAGUCAAGGAUUUUGCGGCUUCAUUAGAUGUGACAGAGCUCAGGAGUAUAGUGACUGAACUUUUAUUUCGGGACCAGGGGGCUUUUGACGACUUCCGCCUGGGAUACAGGCCCUGUGAUGAUCCACCAAGGCAGCCCCAACCAGACAACACACCAAGCUGGUGCAGAUGUGGCAAUUGUAGAAGCAUGCCAACAGCGCAAGAAGAGAAGUGCUGCUGGCAGACUGGCUCCUACGAGUGUGUUGUGGAUGGACCAAACUUUUAUACGGUGAUCUCCCCAGCGGUGCUAGACAUUGCAAUGGCACAUUAUAACGACUUCUUUGUACAUGACCAAGAGCGAAGUAAUGCAGCAUACAGACACCAGGCGUACAGACAGUUUAUCCUACAACGGUAUGGUCGACUGGGUCAUGGCAAUAGACGUGUUGUGCCAUCAUGCGUUGUACUAGCAAUCCGGAGGAGAUUUCCAGAUCCCACAGGCAGCUACACCGGCUACAAGGAAGCCUAACAAGCCAGUACAUUAUGUUUUGUAUAUAUUUUGUAUAUAUUUGUACAUAUUUUGUAAAUAUAUUGUAAAUAUGUUGUACAUAUCUGUAUAUAUUUGCCACAUGAAUUGAUUCUUAAAUAUAAUAUUUGUUGAAAGUUGCUGAUUUGUUUCUUUGUUUGGCAUGAAAACCAAUUGUUGAAACCAGCUCAUGAUAUCUUACCAAACCAUAAAUACAAAUAACUGGAGCUGUUGUCUUGACUGACAAUUAACAGAAUGUGACACACCUGUGUGUAUUCAUGUUGCACAUACCUCAUGAGUAAUUACAGAGAAAAAGGAUGUAAACUCAUAAAUCACACUUGGGCGCACCUUUGUAAAUUCAUUAGGUAUGUUACAUAAACCAUGUCACUUUUAUGGGUGUACUGUCAAAACAAACAUGUAACGAGUUAGACUGAUACACAUACCACCACUUGAAAUCUCAAAUC